AUGAUUAUUCACAUAUCCUUGACAUUUUUAAUUAUUAUAAUUUCAUUAUUUCUGUAUACGGGAAAGACACAAGGAAACUCGAUUCAAAAUGAAAGGGACGCGACCGAUACUAAUUUGAACCAUUCACAAAUUUAUUCUGAUUAUCAGCAGUUUGAGAACUUUGACCCUAAUUUAAUUUUGAAUCGCAGCUUCAAUGAAAUCCGAAAACGUAGAUCAAAAAACAAACGGCAAAAUGCAUCUGCAGCUUCUCAUAUACCAAAAUCUGCUCGAGAUUCAAAAAAUAUCAUUUUCACUACACCUGCAAAUCAACAGACGAGGUCCAAGAAUAACAAAGACGUGAGGAUAUAUGAAACGUUUGAAGAAAUUCACGAGCAUGUAAAUGAGCCUGACGAUCACGACCCAGACACCCAGCCCUCUAACCACCACAAGAGUCACGAUGUUGGUGGAGUAGAAAUCAGUGAGAAGAAGAAACAUAAUAUACCUAUUAAAAUUAAAGUAAAACAUCAUCAUCAUCAUCAUCAUCAUAAUCAUAUUAAAGAAGUGAUUAAGACCGUACCAAAACCGUAUCCCGUAGAAAAAAUUGUGCACAUUCCAAUUGAAAAAAUAGUGGAAAAAAUUGUCCAAGUUCCAAAAAUUGUUAAUGUAACGGUUGAAAAAAUAAUACAUGUUCCUAUCGAAAAGGUUAUUGAAAAAAUUGUUCGAGUUCCCAAACCCGUUCAUAUUCCAAAGCCAUACGUAGUUGAAAAAAUUACGGAAAAAAUUGUACAUGUGCCGAAACCAUACCCAGUACUAAAAACAGUUCCAUAUCCAGUUGAAAUCAAAGUACCCGUAACUGUUGAAAAGAAAAUUCCUGUACCCUAUACCGUAGAGGUUGAACGAAAGGUGCCAGUAUACAUUAGGUCCCAAGAACCAUAUAAAUUUGAGCAAAGAUCUAAUAAUUUUGAUGAGAAGCAUACACACUUUAAAGAAACGUCUAACUCUCCAGUUUAUUCAUAUGAAAAUUACAAUAAUAACCAUAAGCUCAGUCAAUCCAAGCAAAUGGAUUUACCGACGAGUACUCAAUAUCAUACCUAUAACGAAGCCAUAGAUCAGCAUCCGGCGAACAUAGAUAGCUCACAACAUAUCAGACAAAUGGAACAAUCAACAGCCGAAAGUACACUUCUUCCCAUAAAAUUUCUGGAGACGAAGACUCCAUUUAACCUUUUUGUCGCUAAUAAUGACACAUCAUUUGAUGUAAAUCCUCAAACAUUCGCCAACAAAUUACAAGAAUUACCAUUUUCAUUUCCCAUUGAGUUUAUUCAAGUACAUCCAAUGCCUUUUCAAAAUCCUAUUCGAUUGGAAUCAUCUGUAUCCCAACAAUCGCUUAAAAAUACUUGA